AUGUCCCUUUCCUUUCUUCCUCAGAUUGAGAGUCGACUAUGGAGAAAAUCUAGGAGUACAGCAUACUCUGAUAUCCCAGAAUGCGUUGGGGUUGAUCUCAACCGAAAUUUCGGAUUCGAAUGGAACGAUAGUCCCUUGUACGGCGGAAGCAGUAACCCUUGCAGCGGGACGUACUCUGGACCACACAGCUUCUCCGAGCCAGAGACCAGGAAUCUCCGGGAUCUGUUGCUAAGCAACAAGGACGCCAUCAAGGGAUAUCUCACCUUCCACUCGUUCGGCCAGUUCUUCCUAUACCCCUGGGGCUUCAGUAGUGAUGUGGACAUUGAGGACGAAAGAGAUCUGGUAGAUCCCGCCGCCGGGGCGUCCGACGACUAUGUCCGGGGCACAGUCGGGGUCAAGUACGCUUACACUGUGGAACUUCCGCCGCACGAGAGCUCUUCAUACGGGUUCCUUCUACCGGAGGAGGAAGUGAAGACAAUCGUAUCGGACACUUGGGAUGGUGUGAAGGCGUUCGCGUUUCAUUUACACAAGCACGUUUAUACCCCUCGGGAAAGAUAUUUUCUGGACAUGCUUUUGAAUAUCGCGAAUAAUAGUUUAAAUCUUCUUGAAAAUAACACAGCUUUAAAUACAGAAAAUGCAUCUUAACAAUUAGAUCUUUCAUCUCUAUGAAAUGUUGGACAGGACAAAUUACUUGCUACCAUUCUCAAAAAGAUAUCAUAUUACCGAGUUUGA